AUGGACAUGUCGGCGAUCGCCGCCCGCCUCGGCCUCUCCGGGUCCCGCCCCGUCGUGCGCAAGGCCGCCGAGCUCCGCCGCCUCUGCGACAUCAACUUCGACUCCUCCGUCCUCGGCAUCGGGGAGGUGUGCAAGGCCAUCAUCUGCCUCGAGAUCGCCGCGACCAAGUUUCAAGUGAUAUUUGAUCGGUCGGAGGCGGUGCGGAUGAGUGGGAUGUCCGAGAAGGCAUUCAUCAGAUCAUUCAAUGCGCUGCAGAAUGGGCUUGGUGUCAAGACGACACUGGAUGUGCGUGAAUUGGGCAUCCAGUUCGGCUGUGUCAGGUUGAUACCUUUUGUGCAGAAGGGAUUGGCGCUGUACAAAGAACGUUUCCUGGCUGCAUUGCCUCCUUCUCGACGCUCAAGCACGGACUUUGGCCGCCCAGUGUUUACUGCAGCAGCAUUCUAUUUAUGUGCGAAGAGGCAUAAGCUCAAAGUUGACAAACUGAAGCUAAUUGAACUUUGUGGUACAUCUAGCUCUGAAUUUACAACGGUUUCAACAUCCAUGGGAGACCUUUGUUUUGAUGUUUUUGGGAUAGCCAAGGAGAAGAAGGAUCCAACCUCCAUCAAAGGGAAUAGAGAACUGCUGGAUGUUUUGCCUAGCAAAAGGAAACAUGAGGAUGACAGCGAUCAUUCUGAUGAAUCAUCUGGGGAUGACAAUGAUGAUGAGCUAGAUCUACCAACCCACAAAAGGCACAAGAAGAUGGAGAAACAAGCGUACAAUCAGUGGAAGUCUUCAGUUAUCUCCACCAACAAGCAAGCCAAACCAGACCCUACUAAGCCCAGGAAGCAAGCUCAGCUCAACUUCAAGAAGAAACUGCCAGACGCCGCCUUGGAAGUGCCGCCACCAGCUAGCUAA